UGACGCAGGCGUGGAGGGAAGGGCGGCUUGCAAUGCUCGGUCCUUCAGGCGGCGCAAGCGCAGUAGUCCUGGUUAUUGUUACUAGUGUAGCAAAGGCGACGGUACUUUGUGUCCGCGAACGCGCCCACUUUUGCCACCGCCUGCGUCUCUCCCUGCCCUCUCCUCGGGCCAGAGCGGGGCUGCCUCGCCCGGCGGAGUCCAGCGCAGGCAAGAUGCCGACCAACAAAUCUGAGAAGCCAGACAAAUCUGACAGUUCUGAUAAUGUCAAGGUUGUUGUUCGCUGCCGGCCUUUCAAUGAGCGAGAGAAAGCAAUGUGUUACAAGAUGGCAGUUAAUGUGGAUGAAAUGCGAGGCACUAUUACUGUCCAUAAAACAGAUUCUUCCAAUGAACCUCCCAAGACAUUUACGUUUGAUACUGUUUUUGGACCAGAGAGCAAACAGCUUGAUGUUUAUAAUUUAACUGCACGACCAAUUAUUGACUCUGUUCUUGAAGGAUACAAUGGCACCAUUUUUGCUUAUGGACAGACUGGAACAGGAAAAACAUUUACUAUGGAAGGUGUCCGGGCAGUUCCAGAGCUCAGGGGGAUCAUUCCAAAUUCCUUUGCUCAUAUAUUUGGGCACAUUGCAAAGGCAGAAGGAGAUACAAGGUUUUUGGUUCGAGUCUCUUACUUGGAAAUCUACAAUGAGGAAGUACGUGACCUGCUGGGAAAGGACCAGACUCAGAGGCUCGAAGUUAAAGAACGGCCUGAUGUGGGAGUCUAUAUCAAAGAUCUCUCUGCUUAUGUUGUAAACAAUGCUGAUGAUAUGGACAGAAUUAUGACACUUGGCCAUAAAAACCGUUCUGUUGGUGCCACUAAUAUGAAUGAACACAGUUCCCGUUCUCAUGCUAUUUUUACUAUAACGAUUGAGUGCAGUGAGAAGGGCGUUGAUGGGAAUAUGCAUGUGCGCAUGGGCAAGUUACACCUAGUUGAUCUUGCAGGAUCAGAAAGACAAGCAAAAACUGGAGCCACCGGACAGCGACUAAAAGAAGCUACAAAAAUUAAUCUUUCACUCUCUACCCUUGGGAAUGUCAUUUCUGCACUGGUGGAUGGAAAGAGCACUCAUGUGCCUUAUCGUAACUCUAAACUGACCCGAUUACUCCAAGAUUCUCUUGGGGGCAACUCCAAAACCAUGAUGUGUGCAAACAUUGGGCCAGCAGACUACAAUUAUGAUGAGACUAUAAGCACUCUUCGAUAUGCCAAUCGUGCCAAGAAUAUCAAAAACAAAGCUAGAAUUAAUGAAGAUCCAAAAGAUGCCUUGCUUCGUCAGUUUCAAAAAGAAAUCGAAGAGCUUAAGAAAAAGUUGGAGGAAGGGGAAGAGAUUUCUGGCUCUGAGACGAGCGGUUCUGAAGAGGAUGAUGAAGAGGAUGAUGGGGAGAUUGGAGAGGAUGGAGAAAAGCGAAAGAAACGAAGGGGCAGUAGCAGCAGCAGUAGUUCAGACUCUACAUGCUCUGUCAUAGAGAAACCUCUGGAUAAAUCCUUCACUAAUCAAGCAGGAAAGAAGAAAGUGUCUCCUGACAAGAUGAUGGAGAUGCAAGCUAAAAUUGAUGAAGAAAGGAAAGCCCUUGAAACAAAGCUGGAUAUGGAAGAGGAAGAGAGAAACAAAGCUCGUGCUGAGCUUGAGAAAAGGGAGAAAGACCUGCUUAAGGCACAGCAAGAACAUCAGUCUCUGCUGGAGAAGUUGUCUGCCCUGGAAAAAAAAGUGAUUGUAGGAGGUGUGGACUUGCUGGCAAAAGCAGAAGAGCAGGAAAAGCUUCUAGAGGAAUCUAACAUGGAGCUAGAGGAACGAAGAAGAAGAGCAGAACAGCUCCGUAAAGAGCUUGAGGAGAAAGAGCAAGAGCGUUUGGACAUUGAGGAAAAGUACACCAGCCUUCAGGAGGAAGCACAAGGGAAAACCAAGAAACUGAAGAAAGUCUGGACAAUGCUGAUGGCAGCCAAAUCAGAGAUGGCAGAUCUGCAACAAGAGCAUCAGAGAGAAAUUGAAGGCUUACUGGAGAACAUUCGACAGCUCAGCAGAGAGCUUCGUCUUCAAAUGCUCAUCAUAGAUAACUUUAUACCUCAGGAUUAUCAGGAAAUGAUUGAAAACUAUGUUCACUGGAAUGAAGAUAUUGGAGAAUGGCAGUUGAAAUGUGUGGCGUAUACCGGAAAUAACAUGAGGAAACAGACUCCAGUGCCAGAUAAAAAAGAAAAGGAUCCCUUUGAAGUGGAUCUUUCCCACGUGUACCUAGCUUACACUGAAGAGAGCUUGAGACAAUCUUUGAUGAAACUAGAGAGACCGCGGACUUCAAAGGGAAGAUCAAAACCUAAAACUGGUAGAAGCAGAAAACGUUCUGCCAAGUCAGGACCUGUGAUUGAUUCGUUGCUUCAGUAGACGAAAACAGUAGUGGGAUUGCAAUAAGGAUUCGUGUAUGGUAAAAUGCUUUGGCCCAGUCAUGCAGAUGCUUGUUUCUGGAGAUAACAGAAGAGUUCAGUGUGUAUUGGUGACCCAGAAGUUGCUAUAAAGGCCUGUGUUUGUGACUUGGGGACAAGAAAAUACAUUUGUUUUCCCUUAUGUUAUCUGUUAAUAUGUUCAAUCUAGGCUAUAAGAUUACUGUGAACUUGUCAAUGUUACUAAUGCAAUGUUCCAGGCAUUGCACUGAGGAAGCUGUUGUGGGAUAACUUGUGCAAAAAUAACAUGUAUAAAAUGGAAGAGAUUUGUGUGUGUGAUUAGCCCUGUGGUACAUAGACAACCAGAACUCCAUAUUCUAAUUUACCUGUUUUGCUUUGUACAUUGCCAUUUGCCACUUACAUUGUUCUAUGCCGCACUAUUGUAAACUUCUUUUUAAACAAGUGGUGCUCUGAAUCCUCUUUUGUCAGUAAGUAUCCUCCACCACAUCAAUACACAUAACUUCUGGUUCCUUUAUAACGUACAUCCUAUGCAUAAUCUUAACUCAGUGUUAUACAGAGACGGACUGUUGUAAACAGAGGUGGUGUUGGGCUUGCUCUGGUUUGGAAGGGAAGAGUGAGGAAUCCUUUUAAACUGCAGCAUGCAUUCUGCUUCAGAUGGGCUGUUCUUAAUUAUGGGAACAAUUGACUAAGCACCAUUGCUGUGCUACUUCGGUUCAUUUUAAUAGGAGUUUACAUCUCCCACUCAGGUAACAGAGGAGUAAUGCUCAAUGCCUGCACCCAUUGUUUCCCUGCUCUGGAAAAAGACAAAUUCAAAUUAGCAGUUAUCUGCAGCCAAGAGUUCUUCUGUGGGGAGGGGGAAUUCUUGGCCACAACCAGGCUCUAAACUGCAUAGUUAAGAGCACCUCUGAGGUCAUGUGUUGGGUUUGCCUGUUGAUAUGUUCCCUAGAGGCAGAGACAGGAGUGGUGCAAGAGACUUGUUUCCUCAGUGGAGCCUGAGGACCUUGCCUGCACGAUGAUCAGUGAGCUCCAGUGACUUGUACAUUUUAUGGAUUUUAUUCCCAACACCUACAUCAUUAACUUGGUUCGAAACCCUCCUCACCACUCCGCCUCUAGUACCAUAUAUGAACUGACUUUCCAGCUCUUGGUUUGACUGAGCAUGAAAUGUUGGUAAUGGCUCUCUUUACUGUUUGACCUAUCAGACUCCUUAAAUGUGUUUCUUUUAAACUCGAAUACACACACCUGCUUCUGGAAACUUUGAUGGUUACACAUGGCUAUGAUACAUUGUGUGGCAUCUGAGGCUUGAAAAUAAAGUGCUGUAAUGGUAGUCUGAAGGAAGAUCGCAUAAGUAGCUUUAAAGGUAAUGCCUUUUUUUCUUUCUUGGAAAGAAAAGCCUUGGUUCUUUUUUGCAUUCGUGACCCUAAAUACAUUCUUCUAAUAGAAAAAGUGAGCCUGGAAAUGUUUUGGACAAAAACUUUCAGCUGGCUUCUUGUAUGUGGAAGAACAGCAGCAUCACCCCAGAAAGUCAAGAUCUACCCCAUAGCUGCUGGACUGGAGGUGAUUUACUGAGCAUUUAGGCAAAGGGAUAACCAUAAGCAACCUGAGCAUUUUUAGUCUCUCCUUAGUAGUUUCCAGUUCCAGUUAAAGGAAAUAAGUUACCUUGCUUAUCAAUCCACAUAUUUAUUGGUAUUUGUUUGUUUUCCAAAGCCAAUCUAUUUAUGAAAAGAUGCUGCUACCAUCACACACACACACACACUCUCUCUCUCUCUCUCUCUCUCUCUCUCUCUCUCUCUCUCUCUCUCUCUCUCUCUCUCUCUCUCUAAUGAUAUAGCCUUAGUUACAUGCAUAUGAUAUGCAUGUAACUCCUGGAUAUUCCCUACAGUAUGUAUUUUAAAAGUUUUAUUUUAACAUGUACUUUUAGUUUGCAUUUUAAAAAGCAGCUAUGGCUGAUGUGAAAUGCUUCAAAAAAAGAAUAAUUUGAUUAUUCUUUGGAAAAGGUUGUUUCUUUUUUACAUUAGGAUUUGCAGCUGGUUGCUGUUGAAUCUUAUUUGAUUGAACCAAAUUUCUGUAGGUCAUUCCCCGCCCCUUAAUUACUACAAUUUCAUCUACAUGUCUGUUGAAGAAACACUGAAUACAAAUGUGGAACACAUGCUUGGGUAGAGAAAUUUUUUGAUGGAAGUUAGUUCAGUUCUCUUGGCAUUUCCUCUUGAGAAACAGUUUGAAGAUGGCAAAAGAAUAGUCAGGUUGUAGUACUAAAAAUGUCGCCCUCAAUGGACUGUAUUAGCUUAUUGAACAUGUACAUAAAGUCUUCAUUGGAACAUCAUAUUGAAUAUGGUGCUGUUUCAGUCCCCCACCAACACCACUUUAAAGAAAUUCAACAAAUGAUUUUACUGUGACAAUGCUGAUCAGACCCCUUAAAUUGGUUCCUUUUGCAUUCCAACCUGCACAGCUGCUGAUACAAACUUUGGUUUCACAAGGCUAUGGCAUAUUGUGUUUGAGACUUGAAAAUGAAAUGCUGUGGCUCUUGUCUACAGGAAGCUUACAUAAAUCUAGAGUGACCUCUUUAAAAGAGAGAUUAGACCUCUUAAUUCCUACAGAACGCUCCACCAUAGUGCUGUCUGCCUAUACUAAUGUUGGAACACAAGCUAAAUACAGGCAAACCUCGCCAUUUGUGGACCUGACAUCCAUGGUUCUGUGUAUCCGUGGUCGGGUAAUUGACACCUGACCUUGGUAUAUGUGGGCACAAAAUGGUUUAAGGGGGUUAAUUUCUUGUAAUUUCAGCAGGGUAUGCCUUUUUUUUUUUAGGAAGGGAGCCAUUUUGUGACUUCUGUGACAUUCUUUUUCUUUUUUUUUAAGAAACUUUUUUUUGUAGAAAAAUUGGGGAAUUGGGGCUGCAAUUCUGCAGCUUCUGGGGGAAGAAGUGUGAAAAAUUAAGCAAGGAGGGGUGACUUUUUAUCCUUUUUGCUAUGAUUACCACUGGAAUAAUUAGUUAACAAACUUCCACUUUAUCAGUUAGCUUUGUUUUUGGAGAUUAAAAUCCCCUUGUAAACAGGUGGUGUGCACGUGCACACACAUACACGUACGUAAGUUCAAGUAGGAAUCUCACUUUUUUAAAAAGUGAGAAUAUCUGUCAUUGUUAUGGGCAUUUGCUUGUAUAAUUUGUAGUUAUGUAGUCUUAAACCCCAAACAUUCUGCAAGAUGCUGCUCUUAAUUUUUAAAAAAGCAACAUUCCAGUUUAGGUCCAGGCAUAGCCUUAGGAACUGCAGGCACUUUUGCAAGGAGAGAAAAAUUGUAGUGUUUGCGAUUGAACCGUAUCUUCUCUCCUAUGUUAGCCAUGACAGACUAUACUGACUGAGUGCCAUGCAUUGAUUGCUGCUGUGACCAAUGCCAUAGUUGUUCACAUCAUCACUGAGGUUCUUUGUUCUAUCCUGUUCUGCUUCUUCAUUUCCAGCUUCAUUUGAUCUCUAACUCCAUUCAGACCCUGUCUGCAUGCCUUGUGACCUAAUUGUCUUUUAUGACCAUUGAUCAUUUCUGGGAGGAGUCUGCUGGUCUAUUAGGAGGACAGGGGAGCAAGAGGUUGCAGUUCAGGUCCCAAUGAAAUGCAGUUCUUCAGUUCUUUGUUGCAGCCUUCUGUUAACCUAUUUUUGAUACAUGGACCUCAUGUGUCCACUCCACCCCACUUCAGCAAUUCUAUGAAUUCAGGAGAAUUGGUUUGUUGUAUACAUGGCCUCAGUUCUGUUGCAACAGUUUAAAUUAUUUGUAUAUGUUAUUUCUUUAAGAAUAUUUUACCUAGCUCUUGGGUUGCAAGGAGGAGAGGAAAAAUGCCUCUCUGAGUGCCUUUGCAAUUAGUUACACUGUGUUCUUUACAGUUUAAAUUUAUAGCAAUUGAUCACUGGUCCAUGCCAUCAAUUCUGUAUAUAAGGGGGCGGGGCAGGCGGGGCCAGAUGUACAAUUUGUCCCUAUUUAUUGUUUUGCUAACCUUUUAGAGACUUAAAUUUUCUGCUUUGUUGUAUGUUGUGUACAAAUUGUAUUUCUUAUGUUGUAUAUAGUGGUACUAUGUCUUGACAUUGAGCAUGUUGGUGCCAAGAAAUAAAAAAAAUGUGGAUUCCCA